UUUCGCCAGACAGUGUUAGUAUUGCAGGCAUAACGUUACCUUUUAACACUUACAACACCAGCGGCUUUCUACUCGCGAUUUUACCGUAUCAUAAACGCUAACAGGGUUUUGUACGGGGGAGGCUAAGGUAAUAAAAACGCCAGCCAACGACAGGCCACAAAUGGAGCCAGGGACCUCGCGUGAAAUUCUGAGCGGUGCGGGGUACCCUAAACCGUCCGGUGUGCGGGAGGAGACCCCGGGGAAAGAGGCGAGAGGUGGCGAGGACAGCACCGUGAUGUCGAAGCGAAGAGGAGCGGACGCAGGCACCGCGGAGGAGGUGAAAUCGCAUUGGGGGGAUGCUGGAGAUGCUGUGAACCAGAUUAAAGCCGGAGAGGGAGAGGAUACCGGCAAAUACGAGGAGGAACUCGACCCAAGAAUUCAGGAGGAGCUGGAGCACCUCAACCAGGCCAGUGACGAGAUUAACAAGCUGGAGCUGCAGCUGGAUGAUGCCAGGUCCAGCUACAGGAGGAUCCUUACUGACUCUGCCAGGAAACUCAAUGCUCAGGGCUCCCAGCUUGGUGCCUGCAUUGAGAAAGCGAGGCCCUACUACGAAGCCCGCAGACUUGCCAAAGAGGCCCAACAGGAGACCCAGAAGGCAGCUCUGAGAUAUGAGAGGGCUGUAUCCAUGCACACUGCUGCCAGAGAAAUGGUGUAUGUAGCAGAGCAGGGCCUCUUGGCUGACAAGAACACCAUGGACCCAACCUGGCAGGAGAUGCUUAACCACGCUACCGCCAAGGUAAAUGAGGCGGAGGAGGAGCGCCUCCACAGUGAGCAGGAGCACCAGCGAGUCACACAGCUCUGCCAAGAUGCUGAGGCUCGAGUUCAGACCCUCCAGAAAGCCCUGAAGAAGGUCAUCCUCAAGUCCAAACCGUACUUUGAACUCAAGGCUCAAUUCAAUCACAUUCUCGAGGAACAUAAAGCUAAAGUAGUACAGCUCGAGGAGCAGGUGGCUAAAGUAAAAACACGUUAUUCUGUGGCCCUGCGGAACCUGGAGCAGAUCAGUGAGCAGAUCCACACACAGAGGGGGCAAAUCAGGGCCAGCAGGGGACAUCCUGCAGUAUGUGGGGGGCGGAGCUCCCCUGUGGGUGCUGAGGCUGAUGUCAGAGCUGCCAUUGGAAUUCACGUCAGCAGUUGUGUUGGAGUCAGCGGGAUAGAAAGCGACUGGGUGGACGGCGAGAAAACUAGGCUGUGGGUGGAGAGGCACAGAGAGAGCGGCUGGGGCCAGAAAGAGCGACUGGAGAUGGAGCAGGCCGGCUCAGACUGUAUGUCAGUCAUCAGCCUACAGACCAUCGCCUCUGACCUGGACAAGUGUGACUCGGUGGAGCACCUGGGUGACCUGAGCGACGCUGGGAGCGUUCUGGGUGAGGAGUGGUACCACAGCAGGAAGCCCAAUGAGAGGCCAGUCAACAGGGAGGUGGUGACCCAGGGGCCCCAGCAGGAGAGGGCCCACCAAGAGAAGGGAGUGGUCAGUAAAGAGAAGCAGGAGAGCUUUGUCAAGCAGCACUACAGAAGUGUUAGUCUAUGAUAGUCAGCAGCAGGAGGAGGAAGCUGAUGAGUGAUGAUGAGUGAGGAUCAGAGUGAGCGUAUGAUGAGGGAUCAGAGAGGAAAUCAGUGGGGAGAGAGAAAGUACCCUGAGUCAGAGGUGGUAAAAGAGCUGGUAGGAAUGUGAAAUGGAGAAGCUGACAGUGAUUGACAGUGAGUGCCGCACUGACACUGCACUGACACUUAGGAAUAGCAGGCGACGUUGGCCUCACAAUAAUGCAUCUCUUACAUGACAGCAAUAAACUGAGAGAGUAGUCCUACAGAGAGCACUGACCUCUCCUCACACUUGUACUUCUGAUCCGGUCUAUAGCUCCAUGAACUUAAAUGUCAAUGAAGGUGCAUGAAACAAACAGCAGGAAGAGGAAAACUAAUCACUUGUAGAGUAAAAACAGGCAAUUUUAGAAACACAUGCUGGCAUUUAAUUCAUCCAUCUGGUCUUUAAUGUCCCUGCAGACCAUUUUAAAAGUCGCUCUUUAAGUUGACAUGCUACCAGCAUGUAUUUUUGCUUGCGGGAUGAGACAAAUGCGUUUUUUAAAGCGUCAGUCAAGUUUGUGAUAAUGGGGUUUAUUUUUGUAGCCUCGGCCAUUGUUUCUAUUUGUUAAAAGUUUAAAUUAAACAACUGUUGAAAUAUGGGAACACAGUGACGUUGUUAAUAAGAUCAACGUGGCAAGAAACAUGAGCAGCCAGACAGUGUAAAGAAGUGUAAGCAAGUUACUCUGUAAACUCUGAAAGAUGUUUAUAAAGAACAUUUGGGGUAAUCAUUUUCAGCAAACUGCAAACUUGUUGCUUUUUAGUAACAAAAGAGAGUUUGGAGAAUUCUCCCUUCUCACACUGCCACAACAAAUCACAUACACAACUGUAUUUGAUCGAGGAGCCUGCUUAACCA